CUCGCAGGGCCACUGGGCAGGAAGUGGCUUCAGAGCGGCCUGCUGGCGGGGCGGCCCCGCGGGGAGACUGCCGCAGCCCGAGCGCCAGGAGCGAGACCUAAUGGCGGCGCUGGUGCCAGCGGGCCCCGGGGACGCCGCCUCGGCCGCCCUGGACGAGCUGUCGCGCAACUUCACGUACUGGGCGCCGGACGCCGGCAAUGGCUCGAUGUCGGGCGAGUGGUACCGCAGGAACCAGGUUCACCUUUUUGGAGUUUUGCUGGCUAUUUUAGGAAACUUGGUAAUCAGCAUUUCCCUAAAUAUUCAGAAAUAUUCUCAUCUUCAGCUAGCACAACAAGAACACCCAAGGCCAUACUUCAAGAGCGUGCUUUGGUGGGGCGGAAUCUUCCUGAUGGCUGUCGGGGAGACAGGGAACUUUGCCGCCUACGGACUUGCUCCCAUUACUCUGAUCGCACCAUUAGGCUGUAUGUCUGUUGCAGGUAGUGCCAUUAUUUCUGUUAUGUUUCUGAAAGAAAAUUUGAGAGCCUCAGAUUUACUGGGUAUGACAUUCGCACUUGCAGGAACAUAUUUAUUGGUGAAUUUUGCUCCAAAUAUAACUCAGGCUGUCUCAGCAAGAACAAUACAGUAUUACUUUGUUGGCUGGCAGUUCCUGGUCUAUGUGAUUUUAGAAAUAUUAAUUUUCUGCAUUCUCCUAUAUUUCCUUAAAAGAAAAGGAAUGACACAUAUGGUGAUUCUGCUUACUCUGGUGGCACUUUUAGCCUCAUUGACUGUUAUUUCAGUGAAAGCCGUCUCAGGCAUGAUCACUUUUUCUGUGACGAAUAAAACGCAACUAACUUAUCCCAUCUUCUAUAUCAUGUGUAUCAUCAUGAUAGCAUCUUGUGUUUUCCAAGUCAAGUUCCUGAAUCAAGCCACGAAGCUCUACAACACGACAGCAGUGGUGCCCGUUAACCAUGUUUUCUUUACAACCAGCGCCAUCAUCGCAGGUAUCGUAUUUUACCAGGAAUUCCGUGGUGCCGCUUUUCUCACUGUAUUUAUAUAUCUUUUUGGGUGCUUUCUGUCAUUUCUUGGGGUGUUUUUGGUCACAAGAAAUCAAGAAAAGGAACAUCUGCAACAGCCCUAUAUUGAUUUUGGAGAUAUUCCUGGGAAACAAAUGUUGGACAAAAUACAACCAGAUUCAAAUGGCUUAUCCUAUGGAACCUUGCCUGAUGGAAGUGACUCAACAAAGAGCCAAAGUGGAGAGAAGAAAGAGGUCUAAAGUGCCGAGAGGGAUGGCUGUUGGCCUGUUAUUCGAUACCACCUUUUUAAAAAAUUGCACAUGUUCAAUAUGUGUCAGCAGCUAUUUCAUGCUGACAUGUGCUCACAUUCGUUUCAGUCCUUCCCCACUGUGGACAAUCAGAGCCUUCCUACACUUUGACAGUCUAAUGUUCUCGUGGAAUGUAAUUCGAAGUGUUCCCCACACCCUGGAACUCUCCCUAGUGAUCAUCUAACCAGCUAGAUCUUAAUUGGGCCCUGACUGCUCAAGCAGGAAUGUCACACAAAAAUGUGCCUUCGCAAUCCGGUCAUAGGAGGCAUAGGUUGCUUCUCCCACGUGGCUUGUAGGCUAUUGCUUGGCUUCAAAAGACCCCUUAGCCUGGCAAUGUCAGUCCUGAAAGAAAGUUCUAGGGUACCUUUUAUGAGCCUCCCAUACAGAGCUCCCCUUUUCAUUCCUGAAUUAGAAUGGCAACUCAUCUUUUCUGAAAACUAACACUUAAAAUCCUCCUUUGAAAAGAAAGGACCUCUUUAAAAUGAGAAUUUAUAAGUGGCAUUCUGCAGUGGUACCAUACUAGAAUUCAAAGACUGGUAUGGCGGACUUUUUUAAGCCUAAAAAAAAAAAAUUUAAAUAGGACUGUGCUCAUUUCCAUAACACAUCUUCUAAAAUUAGAACAGUACAGAGCAUGGCCCCUGGGCAAGGAUGACAAAUGAAUCUGUGAAAUGUUAAGGGGGGGGAAGUGAAUUAGGACUAAUGGUUGUUUAUUUUUAAUAAAAAUGUAGAAUGAUGGUAUUUUCUUCAGCCAUAUGGACCUAUUAUACUUGAAUUGAAACUGAAGAAAAACUAUAUUCUGUGCCUUUAACUGUUACAGAUUUUACGAUUUAUCAGGUAGGUUUACGUUUUAACUUUCAAAACAAGUGUCAAAGCUCACAUUUGGAUUCAUAGUGAUAUUUGCACUAUACUCCAUUUCUUCCUCAAGUCAUUGUCUCAAACCUAGUGGAUUCUUCUAGGAAGGUUAUGACGGGAGACCUGGCUUUCAGCCUUUUGGGAGAGGGGAUUUAACCCAGGUGCAAUUUACCACUGAGCCACAUCCCCAGCCCUUUUUAUUUUAUAUUUUGCUUAGUAAGCAAUCACUAAAUUGCUUAGGGCCUUCCUAAAUUGCUGAGGCUGGCCUCGAACUUGUGAUCCUCCUGGCUUAACCUCCCAAGCCAUUGUGCCUGGCUGGAUUUCAGCUAGUUAAAUCUGCCCAGUAGUGCUCCUGUGCCCUUAAUGGCUUUUCUGCUGCUAUUAAUGCCAGGUCUACUAAGAUAGUUCGCAGGUAGAAUCCAUAGUAAUAUCUGUUGUUUAUAAUCUACCUAACGUUUAAAUGAGAAGAAAAGAGGAAGACUUAAUUGUAAUCAAAUAAUGAAGCCCUAUCCCUAAUGAUAUUUCAAAACCUUCAGAUCAUUCCUGACCUGUCGAGUCUGAUAUUGUUCCAGCCAAUGGUCUCUCACUAGUGUAGGAGUUCAACUCAGAGCUAGGGGGAUUGCAAUCUUAACUGCUUUUAGUUUUAUUCUUCAUCCUAACCUAUACUCAUUUAUGGGAUGAGGAGGUACCAGGGAUUGAACUUGGGGACACUUAACCACUGAGCCACUGUUUUGUAUUUCAUUUAGAGACAGGGUCUCACUGAGUUGCUUAGUGCCUCACUUUUGUUGAGCCUGGCUUUGAACUUACGAUCCUCCUGCCUUAGCCUCCCGAGCCGCUGGAUUACAGGCAUUUGCCACUGUGCUGGCCUAACCUAUAAUCUUUUUCUUUAUUCUGAAGCUUUUUAUUAUAAAAUAAAGGUCUGCUAAAAUAUAGAAAUGGAUUAAAAGAAUGUAAAAUUAAACCAUAAUUUCCUUAUUCUAAAAA